GAUCUGAUGUCCUCUUCUGGCUCCCAAGGGAUCCUACAUUCAUGUGCCCAUAUCCCACUCGAACACACACAUAAACCUACAUAAUUUUUAAAAUAACAUAUUAAAGAAAAUGAUUUGGCAGUUCCUCAAAAAAAGAGACCUGGAGUUAGUUACCACAUGACCCAGAGACUCUACUACUUGGGUGGAAACUCAGGAGAACUGAAGACACCAUCCACAAAGACCUUAUUCACAUCUAUCCCAAGGUGGAAAGCCAGUAUCAGCUUGGUUCGAAACACAGCUGAGCCGCAGGCCACUCCAUACUGCCUUUGUUUACCCUCGAUAUGUGCCCCAGACAGCGCCUAGCACACAAAGGCUUCCACGGCUGCUUCUCUCCAGCCUCGGUUUCCCCCCUACACUGGUCAGACCCCGGGCAGCGGCCCUGAGAGCCCCCAUGGAAGGCAGACGUCUGGAGACCUUGCGCUCUCUGACAACCCACUCCUCCCGCUCCAAUCGUGCAGGACGAAAAUGGGAUGCCUAGCCUCGACUCUGCAAAGGCCUGGAACGCGAAAGCGGCUCCGAUACUCACUGCCUGUUCCCGUCGCCAUUUUGGCUUCGACGUCUUCAACGCAAGCGAAAGACGUUGGCUGACUCUCGUUGCCAUGUCUCACGAGAUCCUUUCUCCGCCAGCGGGCUUACUGUCCGAUGAGGAUGUUGUAGUCUCCCCCAUGUUUGAAUCAACAGUUGCAGAUCUGAGGUCUGUGAUCCGAAAGGACCUUUUGUCAGACUGCUCUGUCAUCACCUCCUCUCUGGAGGACAAACAGGCUCCAUUUGAGGACACUGCAGAGAGAGUGAAGGUUUACCUUCGAAUCAGACCCUUCUUAACUUCUGAGUUGGACCGACAGGAAGAUCAGGGCUGUGUCCGUAUUGAGACUACAGAAACCCUUAUGCUGCAAGCACCCAAAGACUCCUUUGCCUUGAAGAGCAACGAGAGGGGGAUUGGUCAGGCCACCCACAAAUUCACCUUUUCCCAGAUAUUUGGGCCAGAAGUGGGACAAGCGUCCUUCUUCAACCUGACGGUGAAGGAGAUGGUAAAGGAUGUACUCAAAGGGCAGAACUGGCUCAUAUACACAUAUGGAGUCACCAACUCGGGGAAAACCUACACAAUUCAAGGUACUUCUAAGGAUGGGGGGAUCCUACCCCGGUCUCUGGCUCUCAUCUUUAAUAGUCUCCAAGGCCAACUUCAUCCAACACCUGAUCUGAAGCCCUUGCUCUCCAAUGAGGUGAUCUGGCUAGACGGCAAGCAGAUUCGCCAUGAGGAAAUGAAGAAGCUGUCCUUGCUAACUGGAGGUCUCCAAGAGGAGGAGCUGUCCACCUCCUUGAAGAAACGUGUCCAUCUAGACAGUCGGAUGGGUACCAGCACCAGCUCUGACAGUGGCAUUGCUGGGCUCUCCUCCACCAGUCAGCUCACCAGCAGUAGCCAGCUGGAUGAAACAAGUACUUCAUGGGCACAGCCAGAUACUGCCCCAGUGAGUGUGCCAGCAGACAUCCGCUUCUCUGUCUGGAUCUCCUUCUUUGAGAUCUACAAUGAAUUGCUUUAUGACCUGUUAGAACCACCUAGCCACCAGCAUAAGAGACAGACGCUACGGCUGUGCGAGGACCAAAACGGCAAUCCUUAUGUGAAAGACCUCAACUGGAUUCAUGUUCGAGAUGUUGAGGAAGCCUGGAAGCUCUUGAAAGUGGGCCGUAAGAACCAGAGUUUUGCCAGCACCCACCUGAACCAGAACUCUAGUCGCAGUCACAGCAUUUUCUCCAUCAGAAUCUUGCACCUUCAAGGAGAAGGGGAUAUAGUGCCCAAGAUCAGUGAACUGUCACUCUGUGACUUGGCUGGCUCAGAGCGCUGCAAAGAUCAAAAGAGUGGUGAACGGCUAAAGGAAGCAGGAAACAUUAACACUUCUCUGCAUACCCUGGGCCGCUGUAUUGCUGCCCUGCGACAAAAUCAGCAGAACAGGUCAAAGCAGAACCUGAUUCCUUUCCGGGACAGCAAGUUGACUCGUGUGUUCCAAGGCUUCUUCACAGGUCGAGGCCGUUCCUGUAUGAUUGUCAAUGUGAAUCCCUGUGCCUCUACCUAUGAUGAGACUCUUCACGUGGCCAAGUUCUCAGCCCUUGCCAGCCAGCUUGUGCACGCCCCGCCUGUGCAUUUGGGAAUCCCAUCCCUGCAUUCAUUCAUCAAGGAGCACAGUCUUCAGGUAUCCCCGGGCUUAAAGAAAGGGGGCACAGCUGACUCGGGCCUUGAUGACCAUUCCGAAAACGAAGCUGACAUCUCCAUGUACGGCAAGGAGGAGCUCCUGCAGGUGGUGGAAGCCAUGAAAACACUGCUUUUAAAAGAACGCCAAGAGAAGCUGCAGCUGGAGAUGCAGCUCCGUGAGGAAAUUUGCAACGAGAUGAUAGAACAGAUGCAGCAGCGGGAACAGUGGUGCAGUGAGCAUCUGGACAACCAGAAGGAACUGCUGGAGGAGAUGUAUGAAGAGAAGCUAAAGAUCCUGAAGGAAUCACUGACAAGUUUCUACCAAGAAGAGAUUCAGGAACGGGAUGACAAAAUCGAAGAGCUAGAGACUCUCCUGCAGGAAGCCAGACAGCAGCCAGCAGCUCAACAGUCGGGGUCUGGACUGUCCCUAGUACGGCGGUCACAAAGGCUGGCAGCUUCUGCCUCCACUCAGCAGCUUCAGGAAACUAAAGCUAAACUAGAGCAAUGCAAAGCAGAGCUAAGCUCCACCACUGAAGAGCUGCAGAAGUAUCAGCAAAUGUUAGAACCACCACCGACAGCCAAGCCCUUCAUCAUUGAUGUGGAUAAGAAGUUAGAGGAGGGCCAGAAGAAUAUAAGGAUGCUACGGACUGAGCUUCAGAAACUAGAGCAGUCUCUCCAGUCAGCAGAACGGGCCUGCUGCCAUAGCACGGGGGCAGGAAGACUUCGGCAAGCCUUGACCACCUGCGAUGACAUCCUCAUCAAACAGAACCAGACCCUGGCUGAGCUACAGAAUAACAUGAUGCUAGUGAAACUAGACCUUCGGAAAAAGGCAGCCUGCAUCGCCGAGCAGUAUCACACCGUGCUGAAACUCCAAGGCCAGGCUUCUUCCGCUAAAAAGCGGCUGGGAACAAACCAGGAAAACCAGCAACCAAAUCAUCAACCCCCAGGAAAGAAACCAUUCCUUCGAAACUUACUUCCCCGAACACCCACCUGCCAAAGCUCAACAGACAGUGGCCCUUAUACACGGAUCUUGCGCUCACGGCACUCUCCUUUGCUCAGAUCUCCUUUUGGCAAAAAAUACUAAAGUUGUGGGGAUGAAGAUGCACCCUUGUUGCUCUAAGGUUGGUCAGCUGAUCAGCUUAUAAGUCUCUUAAGUUUCAGCACAGAUAUAUAUAUAUGUACCCUGAACUGUAUCCAAAAUUAUUGUAUUAUAAUCACCUAUAUAAUCUUGGUUUUUUUCAUGCACAAAUAUUAUACUGAAUAAAGACAUUGUUUAUGCUUUUA